GUCUGAUUCAGUUUACAAAUCUGUGCACUUUUCUGUGUCGUUUGGCCAAUCCAUUCCGCCCCCUUUUAUUCUUUUUGUGUGUCAAAACUUUUCAUUGUGUGAAUUGUUGAACAUUCCUCGUUUGGUUUCACCAAUGGGCACAAUUGCUCCCUCCUCCGAUCUUCCUUGUUCUUAUGUUCCUGUACCCGAUGGACCCCACUCUCCUGAUGAACCUCGUAAACAGCUGAAGGAGGUGCUUGUGAAUGUGAUCUUUUGUGGGUUGCUAGUAGUUGUUGUGUCCUUGGUGGCCUUUAAUGGCUACAGGGCAUAUUCAAAUGAACACGGAGAAGUGUCAUUGCCAACGUUAACUUUCAAUGAAUUAGAAUUGCCCCCCAAAACAGUGCCUUGGUCAACUUGGCAACCUAUUUCACGUGGCGUGUCUGCAGGGGUCUCUGAGAAGUCUAAUCGGUUAUUCAGCAGCAACAAUGGGAAUGGAGGAUUAUAUUCUUGGAACAAUAGCAUGCUUUCAUGGCAAAGAACAGCUUUCCAUUUUCAGCCCGAGAAGAAUUGGAUGAACGAUCCUAAUGGUCCAAUGUACUACCAAGGGUGGUAUCACUUCUUCUACCAGUACAAUCCGGAAGGUGCAGUCUGGGGAGACAUAGUUUGGGGACACGCAGUGUCAAGGGACUUAAUCCACUGGCUUCACCUUCCACUAGCAAUGGUGGCUGAUCAAUGGUACGACAAAAACGGUGUGUGGACUGGCUCUGCCACCAUCUUGCCCGAUGGUCAAAUCAUCAUGUUAUACACUGGUUCCACCAACGACUCUGUGCAGGUGCAAAACCUUGCAUACCCCGCCGACCCAUCUGAUCCUCUCCUCAUUGAUUGGAUCAAAUACCCUUCAAACCCUGUCCUGUUCCCACCACCAGGCAUUGGAACCAAGGAUUUUCGUGACCCCACCACCGCUUGGCUCACCUCUGAAGGAAAGUGGCGCAUUUCCAUUGGCUCUAAGCUUAACAAAACUGGCAUUGCCUUGGUUUAUGACACCCUUGACUUCAAAACCUUCGAGCGCGUAGAGGGACUGCUUCAUGCUGUGCCUUCCACUGGCAUGUGGGAGUGUGUUGACUUUUUCCCUGUGUCAAGCAAGGCUGAAAAUGGCUUGGAUACUUCCGUUAAUGGGGCUGAUGUGAAGCAUGUGGUGAAGGUUAGCUUGGAUGAUGAUAGACAUGAUUACUAUGCAUUGGGGAGUUAUGAUGAGAAGAGUGUUAAGUUCACACCAGAUGACUCGAAGAACGAUGUUGGUAUUGGACUGAGGUAUGACUAUGGUAUAUUCUAUGCUUCCAAGACAUUUUAUGAUCAGAGUAAAGGGAGGAGAGUGUUGUGGGGUUGGAUUGGAGAGUCUGAUAGUGAAUAUGCUGAUGUGGCCAAAGGUUGGGCAUCUGUUCAGGGUAUUCCAAGAACAGUGAUGCUUGAUAAGAAAACUGGUAGCAACUUACUCCAAUGGCCUGUUGAGGAGGUGGAGAGUUUGAGAUUGAGAAGCGAUGAGUUUGAACACUUGAAGACAAAGCCAGGGUCAGUGGUACCACUAGAUGUAGGAACAGCUACACAGUUGGACAUUGUAGCUGAGUUUGAUAUAGAUAAAGAAAGCUUGGAGAAAACAGCUGAGUCGAAUGUGGAGUACAAGUGUGGCAGCAGUGGAGGAGCAGCUGCACGGGGUGCCUUAGGACCUUUUGGUCUUCUGGUUCUGGCAGAUGAUGGCCUUUCUGAAUACACUCCCGUAUACUUUUAUGUUGUUAAAGGAAGUGAUGGGCAUCUUAAGACUUCCUUGUGCUCUGAUCAAUCAAGGUCUUCUCUGGCAAAUGAUGUUGAUAAGAAAAUCUUUGGAAGCUCUGUUCCAGUACUCAAGGAUGAAAAGCUGUCUGUAAGGAUAUUGGUUGACCAUUCUGUAGUAGAAAGUUAUGGUCAAGGUGGAAGGACGUGCGUGACAUCCCGGGUUUAUCCAACAAGAGCAAUCUACGGAGCUGCACGCUUGUUUUUGUUCAAUAAUGCUACUGAGGCCUCUGUGAUUGCCUCAAUUAAGGUUUGGCAGAUGAAUUCAGCGUUCAUACGGCCAUUCCACCGUGACCAGAGGGAUUAAAUUAAAAGGGACUUGCAAGUGAGUGUAACAAUUACACAGUAAAAGAUGUUGGAUGGGCAUUCACAUACCCUUCUCUUCCACCCACAUAAAGUUCAGGAACAGGAAUCACCAAAGUGAGGGUUAUUCAACAAAAUCCACUGCUCCCUCACUUUUUGUCCAAAUCCUUUUUGAGUAGCCUUUGUUGUAAAAGGGUCGCUCCUGGGUGAGCGCCAUUAACUUUCCUGCUACAUCUGCCUCAGCUUGUAAAUCAUAUUUGCGAUGAUGAUGAUGAUAGCAAUUAUGCUUCUCCAUUUCUAUAACAAUAAUGUUACAC